CUAGUUUGGAUGCCAAUUAUGCCGGAACCGGAUCUAGAUCGUCUAUGACGCACUCAUUUUGUUGCGGUGCUACAUCGAGUAGCGCGUCGGACGAAUUGAAUUAUCUUCACUAGUAGGUACUUGAAAGUCAUGUCGAUGUUGCCGAUGCUUGAGCUUAGGCUUGGCAUAUCGGCCAAGCAUCAGCAAGUUGAAAUAUUUUUUCUCGACCACAGCAAGUGUGAAGGUUCGCAGUUGCAUGCAGUAAAUCAAAAUGAAAAUUCUUCCGACAACAACGAUCAACAUGCAAGCGAAAAAGCUAAAGCAGCAUGACAAUGCGAAUGAAUGGUUUUUAUCGAGCAGCACAGGAUCUCCCGCAUAGUUUUGACAUUGCAAUAGGUUGGUCUAGUUGUCGUGCUUUUUCACAUUUCUAUUUCAGAUGAUUUUUGUUUCACGACUCGUGCAUGAACACGAGUAGAAUCGUGGCUAUCUCACUUUAAUGUCCUCACGGUAGUUGUUGGUUUAUAUAUAUAUUAGCAGGGUACUCUUUACGAUAUUGUCUAGCAACAUGGUGAAACUUGGGAUAUUAGAAGCCGCGUAACACUCGACAAGAACGAGUACCAGAGCGGCGGAGCUCGCUGUCGCGCGCGCAGGCCGAUGUCCUCGUCCAGGAGUUACAAUGCUACUGGGCAGCAGCUGCACUACCGGGCCCGCCGCAGUUCCGCACAGCAAGCGUCGGAGCGAUCACGGUCUCUCCUCGGUGCUCCCAUUUACGCAACGGCGGUAGGCGCCGGAGCGGACGAUGACCACAACGCGCCACCGGCAGUGGAGCCAGGUCCGGAGGAGAGGGCACUGGAGUAUGGAGGAAAAUUGAGGAGGUGUUUUCCGCGCAUCAUCGUCUGGCUGCAGGCAUGCAACCUGCUUACUCUGUGCUUGGUGUGGUUUUUACCACCCAGAAUACCGAUCAUCAUCGACGAAUACGAUGUAUGGAAAUCGAAAACGGACCCAGCCACUGGCCAGCAGAGCCUUGACCGCGACUUGAAUGGAAAUGUCACAGUGGCGACAAUAUUCGACGGAGUCCCGUGGACGCCGGGAAUCAUCUACUUUUUCAAAGGCUGCGCGACAGCGGGAGGGAAUUACGGUAUCGUGGCGAUCCUCGUGGACUUCAUCGGGUGGAUUUUUAUCUCGGUCUGGAUGAUACGGUUUUUCUGGAACCGAACGGAAGACGAGGCGGCCGCUAACGCAGCUUCCAGCCUAAUCAACUGCUGUGCGGCCAAUUGCAACUACGUUAUUCAUUGGAUUCAGGUGCCGGCGAUAUGCUUCAGCUGCCUCUUCUGGACGAUCUUCACGAGUGGUGGCAUAAUGUCCAUGUGCACCAAUCCUUUGAAAUUGCCCUUCCUCGGCAUGGUGAAGCACGCCUUCGCGAUUUCGCUUUCCCUAGCGUCGGUGCUCGUGCACAAGCGGUGGAAACUGCUGGUGUCCGAGCAGGACGACGUCCGCGAGCAGUUUCGCGCAGCCUACUACCGGUAUUUCGGGGCCGGAAAGGAGGGCGAGCCGACCAUGCUGGAUAACGCGGCCGCCACCGUCGCGGAGCGUUGGGAGGCCUUGAAGCAAUGGGCGUACUACACGGAGGAGGCGGAGGGGCGAAAAUUAGAGGACGAAACCCUGUCAACCGAUAACGCCGACGAGGGCUAUCUGAACGCGCUCUGGGACCUGUGGCAGCGGGACCCGGAGGUGGCCAAGGCCGAGGCGGAGCACGUGUCGCAGGACACCACAGUCGACGGUACUCCGCUGUGGGAGUGGUUCGCGGCCUGGGAGCAGGGCGAGGAGAGACCCAACCUCGAGCAGAGGAGAAAGAAGAGGCAGUUGAAGGAAAUCGGGUGGAUGGCAGCGGAAGACCGCGAUGCGUCAGACUUCCGGGAGGAAUUGAUGCGAAUGGACCCUGGGUACUUAAUUUUCGCUGUAGAGGUUUUCGAGCGUGCUGCUGAGGGGGCAACGACAAAUAAGAAUAACCAUGCGCACUGUUUAAGUUUUUAUUCAAAUACAAAUUCAAUUUUUCGAGUACAUGAUCAGAGGAGAAGUGUGAGUAUACAGUACAAACGGUGAUAUGAAAAAAAGACAAAAACGAAUCAUGUCGAAACUUCACAGGGACCGCCCCGACCUUGUCCGGCGCGACCAGGUCGUUUUUUACCGGGGCCGGUUUUUGGAGUCCCCGAAACGGCGAAAGAACCCGGAGGCGGACCAGCGGCUUGUGGACAUGAAAGAGGAGCUCCGAGAGAACGACAGCAUGAAGGUAAACGACAAGGACGUCGGCGACGAUUGGGUGGAGGAGCACGAGCGCGAGCAUCGGUUUCGUCCCCGGACGGACCGCUGCAUCUACAAGAAAGGACAGUAUUUGGACAAAAAGUUCGAUCCGAGCCACGUGGAAGCCGAACUGGGGGCCAUGGACUAUUUCUGGCAAUUUUUCGGCUACGACGUCGGAGAAGUAGAGGGUGCGCAGGAAAAGGAAGAGAAUUACGACGGGGAGCAGCAGGAGGCACGAAGAGAAGGCGGGCCUAAUAAUCAAAUCGAAAACCUAACCGAGAGCACGCCUUUAUUGCUGGCCCCCGGUCCUCGGGACGACGAUGGAAGUUCGCCGCGGAGCCGGACAGCGUCCCCUGCGAAUAAAGGCGGCGGUCCAACAAGAGUAAAAAAAUCAUCUUCAUCGUCGAAGAAAGUGCCAACGCGCAACGACAGAGGGGAACCGGUGCUCACGCUCAAAGACUUUUCGCGGCUAAACCAAGAUCGGUACGUGCUGGACGAGCUGGUGCCGCGUGCCCCGCGACAAGCUCCAAAAUCGCGGCCGGCGCUGGGAUUGAUGAUGCACGAGCGAGACCUAUCCGCGCAGGCGACGCAGCACAUGCGGCGCGCCACGGAAACUACCAACGCGGUAGCAACGCGUCCCCGGCCUGGAGAUGAGAACAAUCUUCCGGCAGUCGAUAGCGCCGAGUUCGACGGCACGGAAAGCUUCGAUUCGCGCGGAGUAGGCACGGGAAAUCGCAGUGACGCGUCGGAGCGACAACGCGCCAUCGUGCCGAAAAAGAAAAAACCCGGUGAACGGACCUCCCAACCCCAGAUACCCACUACCGUUCGAGAAACAAGUACAAGCAAGUGAGAAUAGUGAUUUGAGGAAACUUAAAUCUUCCUGAAAUGUGAAAAUGUUACGCAAGGACUAAGAUCGACCUAUGUAGUAUUAUUUCCUGUAUGAUCGUGGGAGUUUUUUCACACAGUAAUGAGUCAAAUACAACAUCCUCGCAGUCUCUGCCUCUCUUAGUGACUGAAGUUACCUUGAAUGAAAUUUGACCACGAUGCAUCAUAUUAUGGCAUGAUGUUUUUUAACGGCCGUAGCCGUACGCACACAUUGCUGAUGACUUCAGAAGUACACAACACUGAUGAGUUUACUCAUGUCAUGUUGACACUUCUGCGAAGGCAAAUUUUACCGGGGCGGUGGGAUCUAUUCUAUUUGUAUAGAGUCUGUCUGCCGCUUCGGGAGAAGAUGAGUCAGGAGGUUAUUGCGAAAAAUGUGUCAUCGCAGCCACUGUUGAAUUUACAACCGCUGUGAAGAACUGCAUGUGACCAAUACCCGGACUCGUUGCCGUAGCAAUAAGUAUUGUCGCAGAUGGAACAUAAGAUCGAGGACGAUUUUCGUUUUCAUGCCUCCACCAUGAUGAAGAGACAAACAAAACCUUGAUGGUACUGCAGUGUCAAGCUCAAGAACAGGUUCGCCUUCGCCUCACAAUAAGUACCCAGUUCGUAAAUCGUCUACUUAGAUGCUAUUUGCGUGUCAUCUUUCC